CAUCACCCUACACUCGCUACGGGAAAUUCUUCUUCUUUUUAAUCUAUCGCUGUAUACUCGUAUAGAUGUUAUCUACCCAGUUGGGAGUGUAUAGUUAACCUCCGCACAUCUCCACCGCCCUGUCUCCUACCACGAUAUAUUCACUUCUCCUUCCUGCCAAUCUCUACUCCUACUCCUUCGGAAGAUGUCCGACACACCUGAAGGCAUUGUUAAAUACGCCUACGACAAUAUUGCAGAAUGGUACCUGCAGUGGGCCGAGAGCCAGAAGUCGCCGCGACAAAGAUACACCAAGAUGCUCCUAGACAAGCUGCAACCUUCACCCUCCAUUCUAGAGCUUGGUUGUGGUCCCGGAAUUCCUAUUGUGAAAAUGCUUCUCGACCAAGGCGCUCAAGUAGUCGCAAAUGACAUCUCAACCAAGCAGAUCGAGAUGGCCAAGGCCCGUUGCCCCGGGGCUAAGCUGGUUGCGGGUGACAUGACUACCCUCACUUUCGAGCCUGCGAGCUUCCAUGGCGUCAUCAGCUUCUAUACGCUGUUCCACCUUCCGCGGCCGAAGCUCAAGGCCAUGCUCGUCAAGAUCCAUGGUUGGUUGAAGCCGGGAGGUAUCUUCGUUUUUAAUCUUGCGACUAUCGAUGAAGAAGAAAUCCAUGGCGAAUUCCUAGGAUAUGGAAUGUUCUGGAGCAGCUAUGGUGUGGAUGAGAAUCGAGCAAUGCUCACAGAAAUAGGAUUUGAUAUAUUGCAGGAGGAAGUAUUGCAAGCAGGCGAUGGGAAGUUGGAGGAGGGUGAUCCAGAUUAUGAUGCCGAGUUUAUGUGGGUGGUGGCACGAAAGAAAGAAUCUCCUACGUAGCGGAAUGCUGCAAAGAUUAUGAAGCUAGGCGAAUGCGAAGCUGGAUGAAUAAGUACUAGGUAAUUCGCUCGAAAUAUAGGUCAACUAAAUCUAGGUCGCGGCAGGGUGAAAGUGCCUAUAUGAAGAAAUCAACUUUCUAUAGUAUUGUGAUUAACGUUUGAUUGAUUUGAUUUGAUUACUAUUUAACGUUGAUAGAGGGAGAUGAUUGUCUGCUCCCAAGCGAGAAGUAUCUAGCUACAUGCUUUAGGAGACAAAUCUGAGCAUUAUAUGCUGGGGGAGUUGGGGAAGCACCUGGCACUGCCCUGGCCAGGGCUUCCAACGCUCGAGACCUGUGUUGGCUCCCUAUAGGUGAGAGGGUGUACCAGCUCCAUCAUAGUUGCGUCUUUUCUUUGGUCUUGUUAUAUUCGCCGUGUUGUAUCGCGGCUUCGUCUCAGUACAUACUUAUUACUAAAAUGACUAGCAAAGUCGUACCGAG